AAAAAGAGAAAAGGCUUUGGGAGAAGGCAGUCCACCAGGUGAUAGGGCCAUCUGUCGAUAAGUUGCAGGUACUUCAUGUUGCUCUCUUACUGCAUGCCCCGUUUAACAAUUUCUCAGGACACAUGUCCAACUGAGUUCUUCCUUUAUAAUGUGGUUCCGCUGAAAGAACUUACAAUCCUACAAUUCUUAGAGUGUGUGGGAGUUGAGGCCUAAUUUUAAGGGGAAAUGUCUCUAUUUGCGGAAAUGCCUGGUUACCUCCAAGUCUUUUCUGAUGGGUCAGUGAAACGCUUUGCACCAGAAACGGUACCUGCUUCAAUGAAAUCAACCAAUGGAUACAAGUUCAAGGAUGUAGUCAUUGACGAAUCCAAGCCAAUAACAGCAAGGCUAUUCAUUCCUGAAUCUUCUGCAAGUCAGCUUCCAGUUAUGGUUUAUUUUCAUGGCGGCGGCUUUUGCAUUGGCUCAACUACAUGGCUUGGCUACCAUCAGUUUCUCAGAGAUUUGUCAGUCACCUCCCAAGCCAUUGUCCUGUCCAUUGACUACCGUCUGGCACCGGAGAAUCGCCUUCCGAUAGCUUAUGAUGAUUGCUACAGCUCACUUGAAUGGCUGAGUCAUCAAGUGGGUGUUGAACCUUGGCUAAAGUUGGCAGAUCUUUCUCGUGUGUUUCUCUCUGGAGACAGUGCUGGAGGGAACAUUGCACACCACGUUGCUGUCAGAGCAAUGAGGAACGAAGUUUCUAACGUUAAAAUCAAAGGCUUGUUGUUGAUACAUCCCUAUUUUGGGAGUGAGAAAAGGACUGAGAAAGAGAUGGCUGACGAAGCCGAUGAGGAGAUUAUUAAGAAUGAUAUGUUCUGGAGACUAAGCAUACCAGAAGGGUCAAAUCUCGAUUACUUUGGAUGCAAUUUCCAGAUACAAGAUCUGUCCGAAGCUGAAUGGAGUGUGUUUCCAGCAACAAUGGUUCAGGUGGCUAGCCUAGACUGCUUGAAUGAAAGGGGAAUAAUGUAUGCAGAGUUUUUAGCUAAGCAAGGGGUGAAGGAAGUGGAGCUGGUGGAAGCUGAGGGAGAAUCUCAUGUGUUUCAUGUUCUUCACCCAGAAUCUCAUGCAACUCGAUUGCUCCAACAACAAAUGACCAAGUUCAUGAAUUCAAUCACCCAUUAGCAUCUCAUCAAAUGGCUGCCUAUGCCAUAUAAUCUAUGUGACUGCUGGAUUGCAGGAAGAAAGUCAUAGAAAUCUUAUUAAUAUUAUAGGGAAAUAAUAGUCUCAGAGACAUCUCUAGCUCUUUGAUGUUAUUUGAUAACCGCAUCAGAAACAUAGUGAAAUUUGACAAA